AUGGCGCAGACCGACGUGCUCCUGACCCAGGAGCCCGCCCCGCAGACGGUGCAGGUGUGCGACCUGCCUCGCAAGGUGUACGAUGUGGCGCGCAACACCGGCGCCUACACGUCGGCGGGCCUGGCCACGGCGGGCUUCCGCACCGCCAAGUACUUGGUGGACGAGUGGUUUCAGAACUGCUACGCGCGCUACCACCAGGCCUUCGCCGACCGCGACCAGUCGGAGCGGCAGCGCCACGAGAGCCGGCAGCUGGCGGCCGAGACGGAGGCGCUGGCGCAGCGCGCGCAGGCGGACAGCACGCGCAGGGUGGGGCAGCGGCUGCAGGACAGCCACGGCUGGAAGUCGGAGCUGCAGCGCCAGGUCGAGGAGCUCCUGGCGGAGACCCGGCUGCUGCUGGAAGAGAAGCUGCGCCUGCAGCGCGCCCUGGGCGCCACGGAGCUGCCCUACUCCAUCGCCACCGACAACCUGCAGUGCCGGGAGCGCCGCCAGCACCCUGACCUCGUGCGCGACUGCGUGGAGGUGGAGCUGCUGAAGGAGGCUGAGCUCAUCAGAAACAUCCAGGAGCUUCUGAAAAGGACCAUCCUGCAGGCCAUAAACCAGAUCCGGCUGAACCGAGAACAGAAGGAGACGUGUGAGAUGGACUGGUCCGACAAGGUGGAGGCCUACAACAUGGAUGAAACCUGCUCCCGCUACCACAACCAGUGCACCGAGGUGCAGUUCCACCCGCACUCGGCCCGGCUGGAGGAGAGCGCCUCCACGCCUGAGACUUGGGCCAAGUUCACCCGGGACAAUCUGUACCGCGCCGAGCGUGAGCGCCUGGCCUCUGUCAACCUGCGGCAGCUUAUAGACUCCAUUCUUCGGGACACGUCCGAGGACCUGCGGCUGCAGUGCGACGCCGUGAACCUGGCCUUCGGGCGUCGCUGCGAGGAGCUGGAGGACGCGCGCCACAAGCUGGACCAUCAUCUGCGCAAGACACUGCGGGAAAUCACAGACCAGGAGUACAACGUUGCGGCCCUGAAGCAGGCCAUCAAGGACAAGGAGGCCCCCCUGAGGGUGGCUCAGAGCCGCCUCUACCAGCGCUCACACCGGCCCAACGUGGAGCUGUGUCGGGACGCCGCUCAGUUCAGGCUGGUGAGCGAGGUGGAGGACCUGAACACGUCCCUGGCGGCUCUCAAAGAGAAGCUGCUGGAAGCGGAACAGCUGUUGCACAACCUGGAGGACACCCGCAUGAGCCUGGAGAGGGACAUCGCUGUCAAAAGCAACAGCCUUUUCAUUGACCGCCAGAAGUGCAUGGCCCGCCGCGCCCACUACCCCACCAUCCUCCAGCUGGCUGGCUACCAGUAA